UGGUGAAAGUAGGCAAGUUAGAGACUUGACGGCCGAUUGUUUUGUUAAAACCGUUCGUCCCUCAACCGGUGUUUGAGAAAACAUAAAGAUGGCGGACGCCGACGGAAUCGAGCGGGGCCCGGGUGCUACACCAAAGAACUUCGUCAAGGCAUUGGAAAAAAGAGAGAUGGCACGGCUUCAGGUGCCCAAGGUUAACAAGUUUCACUUCAACGGGGAUAAAGUGUCUGAGUGGCUUGAGUUGCUGGAGCAGGUCACUAGUGAGGCGUCAGAAGCAGACAAAUUCAAGCAGAUGCCUAGGUAUGUAUGGUGGGAGCUUAGACCUGAGGUAAUGAAGGUAGCGGCCAGGGCAAAUGGUGAGUGGGCAAAGUUUAAAGAGGAAAUGCAGAGACGUUUCAAGUUAGGUGAUGGCCUGCUCACCAAAGAAGACAUGGAAAUGUUGAGACGGGACAAGUUCUCCACAGUGGGGCCCUUCGCCACGACGUUUGAGAAAAUAGCAAAGAAAGUCCUAGGGUUGGCAGAAGAGGAGCAGUGUGCCACUUUCCUGGGACACUUCAAGAACUGGGAGGGUUCGUCGCUAACUAAGAAGGUUGCGCCAGGAAAGAAGCUCACUUGGGCUGCCAUAAAGGAAGGCGUAUGGACGGAGAACUGGACCAGCUGCAUCAGCACCCUAUGGGUCGUGGCCAGGUUGUGGGCCUCCGAGUCAUUGGCAUGGACACUGUUCAUACGCCCCGUGGCCCAUGGACGAGGACAAAAUCAAGGGUGGGGCCGAGGACGAGGGAAUGGUGGUCGGGGAGGAAACGACAGAGGGAAUGGUGGUGGUAAUGCUGCAGGCGGGGGAAGCGAGGGUUGGACAACAUCCGGGAGUCAAGGUGGUCAGGAAGGUGGAAGAGGUGCUGGCAGGGGAAGAAUAGAUUGGAGGAACGCCAUUUGUUGGCACUGCGGGCAGAAAGGUCACACUAUCAAGUUCUGCCAUGUCCGGAGAAACGAUGAAGACAAAGGCCUAAUCAGCACCAAUUCUGAUGGGGAUAUGUACGACAAGUGGGGGUACCACCUUCAUCCAAGGACCCCAAGCGGGACAAGGAAGGAGGCCCUACGACGAGCCGAGGCAGGUGAACCACCCGCUCCUCCAGCCGUGUUUCGGAUAUGGCAGGAGAAAGGGGUCCGUAGUGACAUCAGGGUUGAAGAUGUGGGAGAGAACGAAGAGGUGGAGCAAAAGCGAAAAACCGGCACUACUAAGGCUGAGCCCAUCAUAGUAGAGUCGGACGAUGAGAUUGAAGAGGAUUAUUGGAACAGGCCGUUGCACGUUGAGACAGGGGAAGACUAUUGGAAAACGGUCCGACAGACGAUGGAGAAUAUGGAAGACUUAAUGGAUAAAAUUCGAAGGUACCAGGGCAAGCUGGUAGAUUUAUGCGAAGAAGUUAAGGAGUGGCAAGGGCAGAGGCCACAAGUUUUCAUGUAUGGGUCAGGCCCAAAAUUGCAGGGGGCACCUGCGAGCAUUCCAAAUGUAUCGGUCACAGGGGGGACUCCCAGAUCAGGGAUGAGUUUUAGGCCGCCUUCACGAUCUGGGAGGGCCGCUCAGGCGGUCAGGACGAGAGCUCGAGGGCCAGCCAGUCUGGAACCGCCGACUAAGGAUAUUCCCGGGUCGAGCCGGGACAAGGAAGUUGUAGAACCUCCCAUGAAUGAGGAGGAGGAGGAUGACCGCCUAAGGAACGAGGAGGAUGAAAAGGCGGAGCAAAGAGCCAAGAAGAGGGGCGUUAAGGCCGAUACGGAAAAAGCCCCAGAGCAGAAAAAGAAGAAGUACACAGUUAGGGUGGAGGAAGGAUUCGACGUGGAAGAGAUUAUGGAUCGAAUCCUUGAAGGACAUAACCACCUCAUGAACUUGAAAGAUGUCCUGGCAUCAGCGCCGAGACUGCAAGAAGAGCUCAAGGCACGUUUGUGCAGGAAGAUAGUGGCUAGCGUACGGUUAGGGGUCAUAAUCCCUAAGGAAGCUGAGUGGUCGGAGACCGGUACGAAAAUGGACUGGAAGUCCGUGGCGUGCGGGUGUUUUGAUGUUGUUGUAAAGGGGAAAGCAUGCACGGCAAUGGUGGACACAGGCGCAGAAAUGAACCUCAUCAAGGAGGAGGAUGCCCUGCGCCUGGGGAUGGAGAUAGACCGCUCCGACAAUGGUAUUUUGGUAGGAGCAAAUAGUCGGUCCAUUUUUGUGGGGACCGCAUCCAAGGUGGUGCUGGAGAUCGGAAAGAUACUAAGAAGACCAAUAAGAUUCUCGAAUGGUCAAACCCCAUUCGAGACAAUUACUGAGGUGAGAAGCUUCCUCGGAACGUGUGGAUUUUGGAGAAUAUUUAUAAAAGGGUUUGCGACGAAGACGGAGCACUUGCGAAAGCUCGUGCGCCAAGGACAAGAUUGGGAGUGGGAAGAUAGACAGGAGUCUGUGAUAAAGGAUCUGAAGAAGGAGUUUGAAGAAGGAGGACUGGUAUUGGGAGUACCAGACUAUGCGGCUGUUAUGACCAGGCCCUUUAUCAUAGAGACAGAUGCAGGACCGACCGCUUUGGGAGGAGUUUUGAUCCAGAAAGACCUCAAUGGAAAGGAGCGACCGCUAAGAUUCGAGAGUCGAACGCUUAAUACGGCUGAGAGAAACUACUCUCAGUUCAAGCGCGAAACCUUGACAGUCCUCCACUGCUUGAGAAUUUUCGGAAACUAUCUCUUUGGCAACAGGUUCGUGUUGAGGGUGAACCCAACCGCUCUAGCUGGUUCGCUAAAGAACUACACUCCCUCAGAUCCAACCAUUGCCAGAUGGUUGACGUACAUCUGGAUGUUUGAUUUUGAGCUGAAGCGGAUUCCAUGGAACAAAAAUAGGGCGGAUAGGUUGAGUCGAGUCGACUGGGGCAAGAACAGCGAAGGAGUGAUCGAGGAUACUCCCCCAGUCGACGGGUUUUUGGAGAAUGAGAAGGAUUUGAGACUUCACAUCAACUCUUGGUCUUUGGCGGUAGGUAACUACAUUACUCCUGGACGGCCGGUGUGGCUGACACCUCUAGGGUAUGCAUGCUUGCCAAACUUAGUCCUUAAACCCUAUGUGGAGGAGGACUUAUGGGGGAUGCCGAAUGUGCAGUGGAUGAUGGAUCUGGCCUUGGCAAACAAACACCAGUUGGGUGAGGACCUGAUCACGAUGGAGGAUGGAGCCCGGCAGGUGGAGGAUCAUGAAAGAUCUGUAGGAGGGGUUUACCUCCUGGCCAAUGCCUUGUUGCAGGAGGAAGUGGCCAGAAACAUUGGGCAGGAUCAGGAAAGGGGGGAGAAUGUGAUAUAUGAGAAGAAGGACGAUGAUUUCGAAGAAGGCGAGAUUAAGGAGGUUUUUCGAGCAGAAGAGUAUGAUGGGGUUUAUCUUGAACUCGGAAUGCUUCUUUCGUGCGAAAGAAGAGAAAGAGAUGCCAGCGAGAAAGUCUUGAAGAUGAGACCGAGCUUUCUGGUAAGGGAUGGGCACCUAUUCAUGAAGAGCAAGGGGAGGAAUCCCAAGAGAGUAGUCUGUGGCAUCGCUCGUCAGAUCGAUGUCAUGGUCGCCCUGCACGACGGCACAGCUGGAGGGCACAGGAGUACUGAUACAACGUAUCUCAAGAUACACGAAUUGUACUAUUGGGAUGGCAUGGGGAAAAUGAUCAAUGAUUAUUGCAAAUCUUGCGUCCCACGUCAGGAGCUAUCUUCCCUUAGGCCAAGGGAGCCGCUUCACCCAAGAUACGUUCGUGAGGUUGGAGCCGUCGUACAUAUGGACCUGCUAGUAAUGUCGUUGGGGAUAGGGGGAUUUAACUUCAUCUUUGAUGCACGCGAUAACCUCUCCGGGUUUGUGGACGGAAGGGCUAUUCGUACCAAGACUGGCGAGACGCUAGCACGAUGUAUCGAGGAAUAUUACCUUCGACACCCCUUUGUCUCCAGAUUUGUCAUGGACAGGGGGUCUGCAUUCACCAGUGCAGAGGUAAAAGCACUCUUGAAGAGGUACGGGGUGAUUGUUGAGUAUACUACUGCAGCACACCCUCAAGCAAAUACACCGGUGGAGAGAGGACACAACACCAUCUCGAACCUUCUGGCAAAAUGGACCAGUGGGAGGCCAAAUCAGUGGCCAGAUUUUUUGAGAGUGACCUUUUUUGUAGACAACAUCACAGUGAGGAGGAGCACCGGUUAUGCGUCAGCCACGCUAUGGUAUGGCAGGCAUGCAACGUUCCCUAUCGAGAGCUUCCUGAAGACAUGGAGGCGGCAGGACCUCGAGUCAGAGUUGACGUUCGAGGAACUGCUCGAUUUAAGGGCGCGUCAGAUUGGAGCCAUAGAGGAUAGGAUUGAAGGAGCGGCGAGUAAGGUGGCAUAUAACCGGGCACAGGAUAAGUUCAGGUGGGACAAGAUGGCAAGAGUGAGGAAGGAGCCACUCAAGGUGGGAGACACGGUGCUGUUAUGGAUAGGUCUGACACCACUUUGGCGCAGCCAUGCCAAGAGGAAAGGAGGGGCAGGGCCAGUGGAACCCCCUCAGGGGACAGCCAGACAAAGAGUGCAGACAUGGGUCAGAAGAGAAGACAGGCCACCCAUCUUCACAGGAGGGAACGUCGAACUAUUUCUGAUCGAGUUCCAACGGCACACGAGCGAGUUUGGAUGGGAUGGAGCGAGGAUGUUGCGAGAGGUACGUGGAGAGGGCGAAUGGGCUGAGCCCAUUGCCAAGUACGUGCGGGAGUCAGCGACCUGGACGGAGUUCGAGAGGAGAAUGGAGGGACUGCACCCAUCGCCCAWGGGGAGAGAUGGAGUACCGAUCCGAUUUGAUGGRACGAGCUUGGACGAGUUCUUGUGGGCUUAUGACCGGUUUGCGGACGAGCAGAACAUUGUACCUGAGACCAGAGUGAGAGGAUUCCUCCAGUUUGUGAAGAGGUAUAUCAGGAUGUUCGUCAGGAGUGUUGUGGAGAGAGCGUUGCAUUGGGGAGACUGCAGACGACUACUGAGGAGCUAUUACAYUCYAGCACGCCAGGCAGAGGAGAGAAAGAGUAUGGAAAAGAAAAGGAAGGAGCCUGAGGCUGAAGGCAGGAGGACUUUUGAGAGAGGUGCCUCGUCCAGAUCUCAGSAGGGUGAGAGAARAAGGGAACAUGCUUCCCACAAGAUGGAGAGAARAGAGGARCUGCCGGCUAAGAGGARUCAGGAGAGGAGGGAGUCAGAGGUGCCUGAGGCUCCUCCUCAGUCUAUUCAGAGACCAGAGGAUCAGGCUAUGGCAGAAACAGGACCAGAGGCACCCUGUGAGCUGACAGGACAGAGGGUGGAUGAGGACCAGGCUGCMAGACAGAAGGAAUUUGACARACAAGAAAGGGCCGCCAGGGAACAGGAGAUCAGAGCAGAAGUCAGGAGGAAGAACCUGGAGGAACUCCACAGGAAAGUGGAGCAGGGAGAGCGGCCAGUGGACUUGAAAGACAGAAAGGGAAAGAAUGUAAGCAGCCAGCAGGAAGAAGACCCUCCUCUACUCUCUGAAGCGUGGGAGAACUUUGAUAGGUUGAUGGGAGCUGCGAGAGGACCAGAGGGACCUCAGCAAGAGAUGGGGGUGAAGUUGGUCUUCGCAGACUUGCUCACGUUGAAGGGAGUAAUGAAGGAAGGAUUUGCAGCCGCACAAGCAUCAGAUUAGAAGAUUGGAGAGAGGUUGACCAAGGUGGCUCAGAAGGCCUAUGGUCAGAGGGUGGAAUGGGAGCAGGAGACUAGGGAUCUGAAAGAGAACCAGGAGAGACAGGAUCGCGAGUUGGAUGCAAUGAAGGUGGAGCUGUAAAAGGUUUGGGCUGGCAAUGAGGCAAUCAGGCAGGUGAACCAGACCCUCGACAAGGUCAACGAGGCUCUGAGGGCCUACCUGCAGGCUCAACAGGCUUCCUUCGAGGCAAAAGAGGUAAAGUGGAAGAAAAGAAUUUAGGAGCUGGAAGCGAAGCGCGAGCAGAGGGCUCCCACAACUUUGGUGGAUUGGACUGAGGUCGAAGGAUUUGAAAUGAAGAAGCUACCUGCAG